GAGUAAAGAAGGCAAAAAGAAGUAAAGAAAGCAAAAAGGAGUAAAAAAGCCAAAAGGAGUAAAAAAGGCAAAAAGAAGUAAAGAAAGCAAAAAAGGAAAAAGGAGUAAAAAAGAAAGGAAAAAAUAUGGACACGUAAACAAUUGUGGGUGUACGAUAAUCGCGGCACGUAGACGACACUAAAAGGAGAGGAGCAACAAUAGGGUCGUCGUCAACAAGGAGAGAACAACAACAAUAAUAACAACGACAACGACGACGAGGAGGGAAAAAUUGUUUGGAGUGUAUAUUGAAGCACGCAUGUGGAUCCCAUGGCUACCGGACUUGUGAGAUGGUGCCGGACAAAGUUGUUCACAAACUACAAGUCCUUUUCUGUCGUUGGAGGCAGUGCAGACGGAAGUGAUUCUGAAUUACUGUUGCGAAAUGACGCGAUACCUUGCAAUAGUUCACCGCCACCAGCACCGCCGCCACCCCAUCACCGACAAUCUGAAUCUCCACCACCUGCAGUUAACACCCCCGUUUCUCCAACGCCUCCAGCUACCAAUGAAGAGCAAACGAAUUCAAAUCCCACUCGGCAGCUUAGCUUCGAGGAAUUCGAGUGCGAUGUCUCGGUGGCGGAGGGAGGAGGCAGAAGGCAGGAAUUUUCCUUCACCCUCUAUGGAGUCGACGGCCACGGGAGAAUAUCAAAGGACGACAUUGCAGGUCUUGUGAAGGCAAUUUACGAUACUCUUGGAUCGAAAAUUCAAGCACCAUCGUGCGGGCAAAUUAAAGUAAAACUCACUGUUUCGCCCGAUCAACGAACAACGACUCAAGGAACGCCAAAAACCACUUCGAGUCAAAAUCGAAAUUCCCCCUGCUGUCAUGUGACACACGUCGAUCCAUGCAGUCACGCUAAUCAAGUCUCAUCUCACAGGACUCAUCGCCGAAGAAGAGCACCUCGACAUCGUUUUCAGUCGGAGCAACCGGUGAAAAAUCCAAGUGACGAAGACGCGGAGAACGUUCCCACAAAUCCAUCAAAGGAAGAAGAGCUACGAAGAAGAGUAGGGCCGGUACCCCAUCUCAUUUCGCCCUAUUCAAACAGUUCCGAGGGCGAUGUAAGUGAAGCCAGUGACAUUUCGCCAACCCUCACACCAUUGACACCCCUUGUAUCAAAUCAUCGAAAACGAAGCGCGGCAAUGCAACGACAACAACUGUUCGAAAUAAUUCAAGCGAAUAUGGAAAAAAAUAAUCUUGGUGUUAAUAAUUCUAGGAAGCACCACCAGAAUGAACAAUUACCUAUUCGAAGUCCCUAUGCAGAGCCGCCGAGUCCCUAUACACAAAGGCAGUUCACGACGACGCAUCGACAUUCGACCGCCUAUCAUAAACCAAAUCGAGAACCAGUAUUCACAACAAAAGUGCCAACAAAAUCAAAGGCAAACGGAAGGAAAACAAGGGGAAAUCAUCCAAAUGCACCGCGAAACACACCCGUCAGCUCGCCAAAAAGUAACGUGCAUUCGCAAAUCCAAGCGCAAGUUCUCCAACAAAACGCAGCGACACGUCACGUCGCCCAAGUUGCACAGCAAAUAAUCAAUAAAAAUAAUGCCUUUGCACAGGCGAACAAUUUGAAAAAUGACAUUCAACAUAUACAGUCGCCAAUCACUGGUAAUAAGGGGAGUAAGAAACAUCAAUUGAAACACGCAACAAGGGAACAGGAUCAAGCGAGGGCAAUGGCGCAAGUUGUUCGUUGGUUGGAACGUGAAUUCUCGCAGAAUUCAGCGGCAGCAGCCGCCGCGGCCGCUGGACAAAAACACGUUCACGAACAUAUUCAUCAUCAUUAUCAUCAUUAUCAUGCGGAAGCUUUAGUCUAGUUCUGCCAAAAUUUUCUUUCUCUCUCUCUCUCUAAGGAAAAAAAGAAAAAAAGUAAUUUUUUUUAUCUUUUCUAUUUAUAUUAUUAUUAUUUAUCGAAAAAAAAAUCGAUUUUGAUUAUCUGUGUGGAAAAAAUAGAUUAUUCCUGACAAUUUGAUUUUAAAGUAAGAGAUUUUUACUCUUCUCUCUCUAUUAGAAAAAAUCUAUAAUUUUUAAUAGAAUCUAUUCCAAAUAGAAAAUUUAAAAAUAAUACAAUUUAUGCAGAAAUUAAAAAGAAAUUAUUAAAUUUCAUUAAUAAUAAUUACUAUGAAUUUCUGUUAAUAAAAAUUAAUAACAAUUAUUGUUAUUAGUAAAAAAGUUCAUUAGUUUAUAGAGUGCAG